CAGUUCCAAGAUGGCAGCACGUGGUAGACGGUGGUCAAGAGAAGAGACGAUUUGUUUAAUAAAAAGCUUGGAGGACCAGGAAAUAAUUAAAAGAACAGAUGGCAGGAAACAUAACAAUCGUGGGCUUUACAAAGCUGUAGCGGCUAAGCUGAAAGAAGGAGGUUUUGCAGAUAGAGACGCCCCCCAGGCAAAGAAUAAGUGGAAGCUCUUGAAGCAAGAGUACAACAAGGCGAAGGCGCACAACCAGAGGAGCGGGGCGGACUGCUCCAGUUUUCCAUUCUACGAGGAGGUGGACAGGGUCCUCGGUGGGGGGUCGGUGGAGAAUGAUGAGGAAUAUGGAAUCGAGGUGGAACUGAAUGAAUCCAGCGCAUCGGAGAUGAACGAGUCCAGCAUUUCAGAUGAAGAUGAUGAUGAUUCUACACUUGAGGAGCAACCUAGUGUGGCAAGUUGUUCAUCCACUCCUCCCAAUGGCCAGGCUGAUGGUAAUGCACCUGGUACAUCCCUGGCUGGUGAUGACGAUGUUGGUGGUGGUGAGUGUCAGCUCACAGGAACGGAGGAUACUGCCGGUGCUCAGCCCAGACGAAAAAAAAGAAGGAAGAUGCCCACGGGUAACUCGGGGUGUGAGUGGGCUCUGCGAUCCUGGUCAGAGGAGCAGGCGAAGAUGCUCCAGGAAAUGCAGGACAGAGAACAUCGGUGGAUUGAAGAGCAAGAGGAGCGCCGACAGCAGAGGGAAAGGAUCCUCCAACAGCAAGAGGAGAACAUGCUGAGCAGACUCAUCGAGCAGAAUUCAAGGUGUACUGAGAGACUUGUUGGUAUUAUGUUUGAGGGUCUCAGGUCGCUCCUACCUCAACUCCGUUUCCCCACACAGAAUGAAAACCCAGAAGCUGAGUCUGAGUAUAAGUUAAUUACAAUAGACUAGAUACAUAGGAAA